CCCGAAUCAGCCAAGAGUUUGCCGUUAUGGCUAAUCGAACUGUUGAGGUUGCAUCCACGGCUGAUGAGUCUUCGGUAUUGAAGUACUAUGGAGUCUCAAGUGCAGAGUUUACAGACACUCCUGAGAGAGAUUUCCCGCGCCUCCUCGACCUCCUCAACCUCGAGAAGAUUCUCGGGACAAGAAAGGAAGAAUUUUUCAACCAUGGAGCGUUGUGGUUAUUGUUUUUCCUACGGUCAUUAAUCUUGCCGUCUUUGUUGCUUUCGUGCUUGCUUAUCGCCGGAUGCGGAGGAGGAUUUAUGCUGAAAUCAAUAGGGAAGAAUUCUGAUUCUGAUGGUCAAUCUACGUUAAGAUUUGAUCUUGGCAUGAUUUUAGUUGCAACCGAUGAGUUCUCCCCUGAAAAUAAGCUUGGACAAGGUGGAUUUGGAUCUGUCUACAAGGGGAUAUUACCGAGCGGGCAAGAGAUAGCGGUAAAGAGAUUAGCUGGAGAUGAAGAUAAGCGUUGGCUUCUGACAUGGGAUGUGAGCUUCGGUGUUAUGCUUUUGGAGAUGAUAAGUGGUGAAAAAAAUAAGAACUUUGAAACAGAAGGACUUCCAGCUUUUGCAUGGAAGAGAUGGAUAGAAGGAGAGCUUGAGAGUAUAAUCGACCCUUACUUAAACGAGAAUCCGAGAAACGAGAUCAUAAAGCUGAUUCAGAUUGGCUUGUUGUGUGUUCAAGAGAAUGCGGCAAAGAGACCAACCAUGAACUCAGUAAUAGCUUGGCUUGCAAGAGACGGUGCCUUUAAUAUACCUAAACCUACAGAAGCUGCUUUCGUCACUCUCCCUCUCUCGGUGAAACCUGCAAAUGGAUCCAUGAAUAAGCUUAAAGACAAGGAUCCAUUUUCAGUGGAUGAGGUCUCGAUUACGGUGUUGUAUCCCCGGUGAAUCUUUCAUUUUUUCUUACCUCACCUACAUUUCGCGACCAUUUCACAAGCGUUGGAUAGCGUAAGACACAAGAAACGAUGUUCUUAUGA